CCCUUCCUCCCGUAGGCCGAGGCUGGCAACAGUCUCCAUAUAUUUAAAAAGGACAAGAGUCCCCCCUCUUACUCAGUUGAGCUGACAGAGACCACACAGGCAGACUUGACCUUGGUCAGAGUCUUCAAGAUGCCAAACUGGGGUGGAGGAGCGAAGUGCGGAGCCUGUGACAAGACAGUCUACCACGCAGAAGAAAUCCAGUGCAAUGGAAGGAGUUUCCACAAGACCUGUUUCCACUGCAUGGCCUGCAGGAAGGCUCUUGAUAGCACCACGGUCGCAGCACACGAGUCCGAGAUCUACUGUAAGGUCUGCUAUGGGCGCAGAUACGGCCCCAAAGGAAUCGGGUAUGGACAAGGCGCCGGCUGCCUCAGCACCGAUACGGGUGAACAUCUGGGCCUCCAGUUCCAACAGUCCCCAAAGGCAGCACGCUCAGCCACCACCAGCAACCCUUCCAAGUUCACUGCAAAGUUCGGGGAGUCAGAGAAGUGCCCUCGAUGUGGAAAGUCAGUCUAUGCUGCUGAAAAGGUGAUGGGAGGUGGCAAGCCUUGGCACAAGACCUGUUUUCGCUGUGCCAUCUGUGGGAAAAGUCUAGAGUCAACGAAUGUUACUGACAAAGAUGGGGAACUUUAUUGCAAAGUUUGCUAUGCCAAAAAUUUUGGCCCUACAGGUAUUGGGUUCGGAGGCCUUACACAACAAGUGGAAAAGAAAGAGUGAAAAGUACACCAUUUCUCAGAUCUUUCAUCGGCCUAAAGCAUUUUCCAAGUAAUCCUGCCCAGAUGACACCCCUCCCCAAACAUCCUCUCGUUGGUAGUUGGACAGCAUUUCUCUUCAGAAGUGACCAUGGUCUUUACCCAAAGCUAGAAGAGACCUUUGGAAGAAAAUUGUUAAAGUUUAAUCUGUAACAAAUGCUUUAUUAUUUACGAUACCCGGGGUGGGAGAGGCAAUAAAUUAAUGUUUUA